AUGAGAGCCGGUUGGUUGACAGCGGGGGAAGCGGUGCCGUCUGGAUCAGGCCGAAUUGCCGCGCCACGAAGUUCGGCAGAUAAACCUCGGCCCCAGCCUUGGACAGGCCGCAGUGAAGGUCGCGCGCGACCAGGAAGGAGCCCCAGAUCUCCUUCAGAUCAUUCUCCGUUUCACCGUCAGGAAUCACGGAGAGGUCGUGCGCCAAGAACAAAGGGUACGGCCGAGCAAGGCACACCCGGAACUGCGACCCGGUCCUCUCAACCAAGCCAUAGAAAAAUUUAUAACAAGAAGUCGAGGUGUUAUGCUUCCUGGGGGCCCGGGCAAACGCAUUGGCCAACGGCUCGGUGUCGGUAA